AUGGCGGUCUGUGAACAGUCUUCCUCUGUUUUGGAUCCUCCGGAGAUCGGUAGUUGGAAAAAUCAAGCUCAAGCUGUUGCUCAGUCCCAGAAUGAGCAGAUGACUUCUGCAUCAUUAAGUAUAGAGUUCGGCAUGGAGUACCCUUUUCUUUAUUUUCGUAAGCUAUGCCAUAACAGAACUCGAAGAUGGCUUUUUUUGGUUGGGAUAGUUGCUGUUACUCAUUUACUGUUCCAAUCCCUCUUGCUUCCAUAUGGAAAUGCUCUUCUUUCUUUAUUGCCAGACCACGAUGAUCCAACAUAUGUUAAAAAUGAAUUCCCGACUGUAGGUUCUUCCACCAAGCCUGUGAUGGUUCGCAACCCUCUUACAGUUAAUGCUUCGGAUUUGAUUGACCCAUCUGUGAUUGUCAGGUUGGAAGGAUAUGCUGACAAAGUUGAAGCUGGAGGAAUUGGAUUUGAUAGUGGACUCAUUGGAAAUGAAAGAAUUAAGUAUAAAGGAAAUGGCCUUCAUGAUACUUCUGAACAUGUUGUGGAUAGGGACGUAGAUAACAGCUAUCCUACUAAGGAAGAUGGAAGUAAAAGAUUUAAGGAGAUGAAUUUUGCAUCAGAAGGAAAAGGCCUUCAUAAUACUUCUGAAAAUGCUGUGGAUAAAGAUGUAGAUAACAAUUAUCCUACCAAGGAAGUUUUGGGUAUGAAUGGAAGUUUGGUGUUGGUGAGUGUUGAAAAUAAGGAAAGUGGUUCUAUUCUAAAUAAGGCUGACAAGGACAUCGAGCAUCAGUUUGUGGAACAACAGAUAGUGAAGCCUAAUCAUAAAGUUUCUUUAGAAAAUAAUGUAAGUCUGACAGUAAAAAAACGUGAGAGUGACUUUCACACUUCUUUUCAAUCCUCUCCUCUUGCGUCAUUGCCAUCAACUUUAAACGAUACCUCUAUUUUGAAGACCUUAACUUCUGGAAACAAUGUUUCGUCUGGUUUGGCUUCCCAGGAGUUUGAUCUGGUAAAUUUGGGAAAUCAUUCUUUGACAAUGACUAUUCCUGGAAUAAAGAAGAUGAGGAGUGAAAUGCCACCGAAAUCAAGAACAUCAAUACAUGAGAUGAACCACAUACUACUGAGGCACCCACGUUCAAUGAAACCACGACGGUCUUCAGUACGUGACCAGGAAAUUGUAGCUGUUAAGAAAGAAAUUAUGCAUGCUCCUAAUGCAAUAAAUGAUCAAGAACUUUUUGCUCCUCUAUUUCGAAAUGUUUCCAUGUUUAAAAGGAGUUAUGAACUCAUGGAACGCACUUUUAAAGUCUAUGUCUACAGGGAUGGGGUGAAACCCAUCUUUCAUCUGCCAAUAAUGAAGGGAUUAUAUGCUUCAGAGGGAUGGUUUAUGAAAUUGAUGGAGGGAAAUAAGCAAUUUGUUGUGAAAGACCCCCGGAGAGCUCAUCUAUUUUAUAUGCCAUUUAGUUCACGUAUGCUAGAGUACACCCUUUAUGUACGCAACUCUCAUAAUCGGACAAAUCUACGCCAAUAUUUGAAGGACUACUCAGAAAAAAUAGCUGCAAAAUAUUCUUACUGGAACAGGACUGAUGGAGCAGAUCACUUUCUUGUUGCUUGCCAUGACUGGGUAUCCUCUUUAUGCAUAUUUGAUGUCUCUUUUUAA